CGAAACAUUCCAAUGUCAAACCAGCCCCAACUGCCUCGCCUCUUUUCACGCUAACAGUCCGCCAAUGAAAACGUGAGCGCGAAUAAAGCGAGAGCUUGGGAAGUGAAAAAAAGGUGGACGCAAUACUUGCUAGGGGAAGCGUGACAGAAAGGCUGAGAGGGUGUGUGCGAGUGUAAUCCCUGGCAUACAAAAACAAAAACAAUAGAGGUUGAAAGGACAAGAGUAGUGCGACUGAGAGCUAAAGAGUAAAAGAGGGAGGGAGGGAGAGAAAAAAACGAGGGCAGAGGCAGUCACAUUUCUAAAACACCUGAAAACGUGCUGGCGUGUCUGAGCAUCUAUUAAUGGGUGUGCGCCUGCUAAACUACUUUCACAUUUGCGUCUUGACAGCACUGGCACCUGUACUGCAAUUCUUCGGAUCGCGUUCUCUUGCCCAUCAGAAUACCCAACUCUUUCGUACCUGCACAUCCUGUUCAGGACACCUCAGCUAAGUUAGGUAUCAAUUGGAGCACAUAUUGAAGACUUUCUGUCAUACCUCCCACCUCACUUGAGGAUCUUUAACAAUUACGCCGUUUUCUCCGAUUUGUGUUCAGUUGCGGUUUAACUUGUUCUUCACUCUCGUGCGGUUGGCACAAACCCUAUGCCACAGAGUUCACUGGCUUUAGUUUCUUUGGACCCUGUUACUUUUUUCCGAGGGUAUAGCGCCCAUGCCUAACCUGACGCCAGCUUUUAUUGAUACAGAGGGACAACAAACGUUGUGUCACUUACCCUAAUUUUCGAACAAGUCAAGGAAUCGCCUCUACAAUGGAUCUCAGCCCUGCAAUGGAUCACAGCCCUGGUGGAAGUGUAAUUCUCUAUGCGGGAUCUACUGGCAGUGCCAGUCCCAGCCCUGGCAGCCCCUCCAGUGGGUACCAGACCCAGUCACCCUCCUCCCAGUCCCAGCCAUCCUCCCCAGAGGACUUCUCCUUCACUGAGAUCGGGCCCCUGAAGCAGAGGGCUGGAGUGGGCUGUGGCACUGGAUCUUCCAACCACAACAACAAUGGCUCCCACAACGCUGGCACUGGCAGCACCGGUGGCCCCAACAUGGGCAGCUCAGCCACCCCUUCCAAUGCCAGGCUUGUUUUCCAGUUCCCAGAGGUCAAUGGCGCCUCUGUUGCCGCGGCAGUGACCCCAACCAUGGCCUCCGGAGGUCAGGGGUCCUACUCUCACCCAAUGGUCGCCAAGAGACCAUGUGGCUUCACUGGAACUUUUACAAAAACUGGAGGAAUGGUGCUCCUCUGUAAAGUGUGUGGUGACAUUGCAUCAGGAUUUCACUACGGUGUCCAUGCAUGUGAAGGCUGCAAGGGGUUUUUCCGGCGCAGCAUCCAGCAGAACAUCCACUACAAGAUGUGUGUGAAAAACGAGAACUGCCUGAUCAUGCGCAUGAACCGCAACCGCUGCCAGCACUGCCGCUUCAAGAAGUGCCUGUCUGUAGGCAUGUCCAGAGAUGCUGUGCGUUUCGGCCGCAUUCCUAAGCGGGAGAAGCAGAGGCUGUUGGACGAGAUGCAGAGCUACAUGAACAGCCUGAACGAGGCCUCCCCGCCCUCCUGCAUGGAGAUUGACAGCUCCCCCCCACCUGCCGAGAACCCGCCCAGCCCGGCCGAGAGCCAAUCGCCGGAGGAGGCCAUCGGCGCCAUCUCGCAGGCGUACCGCAACAUCUUCGAGGAGAAACCCGAUGUCAAGCCCAUCAUCAACCACAAUAACAACAACAACAACCUGAACAACAGCAUCAACGCCAGUCCAGCGAGGUUCCAUGGCAACAGCCAAUCACAGGACAGUAACCACCCCCACUCCCACCAACAACAGCAGCAGAGCUUCCAUUGCCAACAACCCACAACGACGUCCACUAGCUACCACCACCACCAGGCCCCUUCCCCGGCUCGCUGCCCUGUCACUCACCGGGAUAGCAACGGCAUGCUUGACAACAGCCGCUACAAUAGCCACCAAGAGUCAUCCAAUCAGGGCCAGUCACAAUCACAGUGUCCCGUCUCUCACAACUACCUGACCAAUCAAAACAGCCGCCCCACCACCACCACGACCAAUGGGGAGGCACAGACACAGGGGGCCACUACCUGUCCGUUCCGAUUGGGAGGAGGAGCCAAAGUGCUGGCUUGUCCCCUGAACGCUAGCCCCGUGUCCCCGGCGGGCCGCUCCAGUCAGCAGGUGUGGGAGGCCUUCUCCCAGUGCUUCACUCCCGCUGUCAAGGAGGUGGUCGAGUUUGCCAAGAGCAUACCAGGCUUCCAGGCUCUCAGCCAACACGACCAGGUCAUGCUGCUGAAAGCAGGCACUUUCCAGGUUCUGAUGGUGCGCUUCAGCUCGCUGUUCAACGCCAAGGAGCAAACGGUGACCUUCCUGAACGGGCAGACGUACCCUCUGGCGUCCCUGCGCGCCAUGGGCAUGGGAUCUCUGCUCGGAUCUAUGUUCGAGUUCAGCGAGAAGCUCUCCUCCAUGGGCCUGGAGCCGGACGAGAUGGCACUCUUUAUGGCCGUUGUACUGCUGUCUGCAGAUCGUGCGGGCAUCGCGGACAUGAUGGCGGUGGAACAGCUGCAGGAGGGCCUAAUUGGUGCUCUGCGGGCGCUCGUCACCCGCCGUCGCCCCGACGACAGCUCAAUCUUCUCCAAGCUCCUCCUCCGGCUGCCCGACCUGCGCACGCUCAACACGCUGCACUCCGACAAGCUUCUGGCCUUCCGCAUUGACUCUUAAACUAGCCACUGACGCCAGUAGAUCUACCAACAAGAUCUACCAACUCCUCAUACACACACACACACAAUGACCUUGAGCACAAUACGGACCAAUUACACCCUGAACACACACAAAGGAACACACAUAAGCUAACCGAAGUCCUCAAGAAGGACUUGAGGUUUGGAGGCUUUGGGGAACCAAGGCUGGUCCAUGCAGGUGCUAAAACUUGCCCUUCCAAACUCGUGUUGAGUUGAACUCUUUAUAUAGGCUGUAGCAGCAUCUUCUCAUCGAACAUUUUGAGUGGUUGUACAUUUUUGCGAUCCCACUCACAACGAUGACUGUACAGAACAGUGACUGGACACCUUUGAUAUGAACAAUAGCGAUGGACUUGUGGAACUUCAUUGAAAAAAAACAAAACAGGGGCAUUCUUCAGAGAAAACGCCUUCACAAGCACCUUAUAUCACUCCACACACAGAGACACUCGAUAUGAGCCAAGGAUGGCCCUGGGCAUCAACCACAUUGACGGACAUGAAGAGACAGUCUUCUCAUGCAUAUUCUAACACAUGGGAUGGAUGGAGGGACUUUGGGAGAGGAAAGAGACUGAUGUAUCUAUUUUUAUAAAUGCAUACUUAGAGAGAUAGAAAGAGGGGCGUGAAUGCGAGACAAAAGACAGCAGAGCGCUUCUGUUGCCCUUGGCUGUCUUUUUACUUGUACUGUUUCAGUUUAAUGAGACAUUUUGUUCAGUGUGUAAAUGAGCGAAAGAAGAUGACUGAAAUAUAUCGUCAAUGUGCAAUGCGUAUAUUAUCAGAAUCUAUUUUUUUGGCGGGCUGGGGUAUAGAAAUGGUUCCUCUUUUUUUUUUUAAAGGGGAUGUAUAUUAUAGUUUGGAACGAGGCAAUGAAGACCUCUCUCCAUGCUGCAAAUGACUGAUUGUCCAAACAGUUCCGAACACAUACGAUGCAGUGUGUUUAUAUCAGACCCUCACCUCAAUGACUUGUUUCAUCCUUCCUGUUUGUAUGAUUUUCAUGGCACAUACAGUAUGCAUAGGCACCAUGCAAAAAACUGCGAUAGGCAAGACAUUUAUCCUUCUGUUUCUUUAACAGCAACCCCCCCUCUCUCUCACACACGCACACACACACACACACACACACACACACACAUACACACACUCACACACACGCACACACACACCUUUAUCCACCAAGGUAGUAUCUCAAAGGUACUGUAUGUAUUACACACAAGCCCUCGGGAUCCACACGCUCUUCAUGCACCAAUGCUCUAAUGAAUUCCUCCAACGAUUGUACCAAACACACUUGCAGUCGACCAUUUUCUUCCCAAUGCAGUUUACAGCCCGUCCGAGGCUCCUUCAGAUAACCAAUUGCUUAUUAUUCCACGUUAUCACCAUGAAACCAUGCAUUGAAACCGUUUUACGAAAGCAGUUUUGUAAUGGGCACACAAUAUAAUAUCUUCACAGCCUUUGAAAAUAUGAUUAAAUUAUAUGAAUAUAUAAUAAAUAUGUGAGUAAAUGCUUUAUAUGAGAAACGUCAGUCAUCUUUUUCUGUGGUUAAAUUUGGGAGCCAUGAGCAACGUUUGUCUAUACCAAUGGAGGAGGGAUGUAUUGCCAUUCCUCUGGGGUUUACUGUUCUUGUUAAUGUUGUAUAUAUUGUAAAAUUGUGGACCUAAAUACCACUCCGAGAAACAGAGAGACAUAAGAAGAGUUGUUUAGCUCUGCAAUUCAUUUGCAGAGCAGAGGAAAAUAAAGGGCUUUUUAAUGUGGGCAGAAAAGUGUUUUUUCUGCCUGAUAGAGAAAGGGGUGAUAUGGGGUUGGGAUAAUUGGUGAACACGUAAUUUUACACACACACACACACACACACACACACUGACAGCCAAUAACACGCCCCUGAAAAAAAACAAACAACAAACAACCCAAUUGUGUAUAUUUUGUAAAUGUUCUCUGUUUACUCUUCUUCCGUAGAAAUUAUAUUAAAAAUGAGAUUAUCCAUCA